GCAACGGGGCGGGCUUUUAAUGAAGGGACGGCAGUGGGAAAGAUGGCGGCGACUCUGGGACCCUCUGGGUGGUGGCAACGGUGGCGGCGGCGUUUGUCGGCUUGGAAUGGGUCCAGGAUGUUGCUCCUUCUCCUUUUGUUGGGGUCUGGGCAGGGGCCACGGCAAGUCGGGGCGGGUCAAACCUUCGAGUACUUGAAACGGGAACACUCGCUGUCGAAGCCCUACCAGGGUGUGGGCACAGGCAGUUCCUCACUGUGGAAUCUGAUGGGCAAUGCCAUGGUGAUGACCCAAUAUAUCCGCCUUACCCCAGAUAUGCAAAGUAAACAGGGUGCCCUGUGGAACCGGGUGCCAUGUUUCCUGAGAGACUGGGAGUUGCAGGUGCACUUCAGAAUCCAUGGACAAGGGAAGAAGAAUCUGCAUGGGGAUGGCUUGGCAAUCUGGUACACAAAGGAUCGGAUGCAGCCAGGGCCUGUGUUUGGAAACAUGGACAAAUUUGUGGGGCUGGGAGUAUUUGUAGACACGUACCCCAAUGAGGAGAAGCAGCAAGAGGCCCAGAAGAGGCGAUAUUCUCCAGGAGUCCAGCGGGUAUUCCCUUACAUCUCAGCCAUGGUGAACAAUGGCUCCCUCAGCUAUGAUCAUGAGCGGGAUGGGCGGCCUACAGAGCUGGGGGGCUGUACAGCCAUUGUCCGCAAUCUGCAUUAUGACACCUUCCUUGUGAUUCGCUAUGUCAAGAGGCAUCUGACGAUAAUGAUGGACAUCGAUGGCAAGCAUGAGUGGAGGGACUGCAUUGAGGUGCCAGGGGUUCGUCUGCCCCGGGGCUACUACUUUGGUACCUCCUCCAUCACUGGAGAUCUCUCGGAUAAUCAUGAUGUCAUUUCCCUGAAGUUGUUUGAGCUGACAGUGGAGAGGACCCCAGAAGAGGAGAAACUGCAUCGAGAUGUGUUCCUGCCCUCAGUGGACAACAUGAAGCUGCCUGAGGCCUCUACCCAGCGGCUCACCAGUCCAAGACUCUGAACUUGAUGUAGCUGGAGAGACAGGGCAGCUGCAAGAGGAAAGCGAGAACAGCAGUGGGUGCAUGUUCGAGUGGUCUGGUCCUCAAGGAGACUGAGUGCAGCUGGGAAGUUCUGGGUCUGGGUCCAAGGCCUGGCUCAAUCAUCAGUAAGCCAUGUCACCACAGCCAAAAUGAAUUUACCAUGGGGACACAUAAGCCUGUGGCUGUGGACUCCCCACUUGCAUGGGCCUCUUGAAAGGACCUGGGAGAGGCCUAGGAGUGUGUCCCAUGGUUGCUUUGGUAUUAUUAUUCUUUUUUUUUAAGUUUACUUAUUUAUUUUGAGAAAGAGAGAGCACAUGAGAGAGCAUGAGCAGGGGAAGGGCAGAGAGAGAAAGAGAGAGAGAAUUCCAAGCAGGUUGCGUGCUGUCAGCACAGCCCAAUGCAGGGCUCAGUCUGUCUUGCAUGGAGGUUGUGGCCUAAAAUGCAUUCUUCACCAUUAGCAGUUAACUUUUAAACAGCAAGACAUCUAUCUCCUCAGAGAGUAAAUAGUAGUAGCUGCUGUUGUGGGGAGGGUUUCUGUUGUCCUGUGGCCUGUGCUAAAUGAUCCACAUGGAUCACCUGAGUGACUCCUCCCAACAAUCCCAUAAGCCAGGUGCUAUUAUUCCCAUUUCCAGACAGGAAAAUUGAGGCACAGAGCAACUGAGUUCCUGAAGUUCUCAAGUUAUAUGCAGGGGCUGAAGCAGCUUUAGAGGUCCUAAUGACUCUGCCAUAACCCAGUGAGGACUGUGAUUGUUCCUAAUUACAGAUGGGAAAUGAGGCCCAGAGAAGCAGAAGGACUUGCUCAUGGUCACCCAGUAAGAAGUUCAGUCAGAUGGGAACCCAAGCUUCUGGGUCUUAUCUCCUCUGCCAUAGGGUCCCCUCAAUUAUGAAAACAAAAAACCCAACCCAUAUGGAAAACAGCUGUUGGGCUUGAGAUCGGAGUGGGACUCAGGUCCUCUCAGUCGGGCCCUUUCCCCUCAUAGCAGCUCCUGGGGCUGUCCAUUCUCUCCUUGCCAGGGAAGCUGGGGGCAAGGGGGGAAGUAGGGAAAGGGCUUUCCAGUUGAGCAAGUAUCUAGGAAGAAAUGAGGAAAGGCCCACUGGAAGUUGAGAGAUGGGCACUGUAAGACAUCCAGGUCUUCCAAAAUUACAAAUCCUCCAAAUUCAAACUCAUGGCUGAACCAUCUUUUCAUCCACCCUGUUGAGAAUUCGCUUCCCCUUUCCCAGUUCCUUGUCUUGACUGCCCUUCUGUCCUGGGGCACUUGGACUGUGAACUGGCUAACACCCAUUUUUAGCGGAGUUUCCCCUGCAGCCUGCCUUGCUGGGGCCCUGACCAACUGGCCUCAGAUGCUACCAUAUCUGGGGUCAUCCUGCCAUUCAGAGUGAGGCUCACACCUGCCUGCUGUAUUUCUACAGGGCUAGUGACAAUCAGGCCUGCAUCCAAAUGGCUCCAGCCUAGGAGACUGUGUUUCGUGGGAAACGUGUGAGGGGCCAGGGAGUGUAUGGACAUCUUUAAACGUUGGAAGGUCUUUUUCAGGGAUGAAGGAAGGCCUGGCCUGUGCCACUGGUUUCUGAGCCUAAAGGCAGCCGGACACGAGGGAAGACUUUCAAGACUCUGAGCAUCUGGCCACGAGCCUCAUCACAGCCAGAGACAGGUGGGAGGGAUCAAAGGUGGGGGAUAGACUAGGCUCCCUUUAAAAUCUCUUCCUACUGGGGCACCAGUAGGAGGUGGCUCAGUUGGUUGAGUAUUCGACUCGGUUUUGACUCAGGUCAUGAUCUCACAGUUCAAGGAUUAAGCCCUGCCUCCAGCUCUAUGCUGACAGAACAGAGCCUACUUGGGAUUGAUUCUCUCUCUCCCUCACUCUCUGCCCCUCCCCUGCUCACGUGUGUGUGUGUGUGUGUGUGUGUGUGUGUGUGUGUGUGUGCACAUGCGCACUCUCUCUCUCUCAAAAUAAAUAAAAUCUCUUCCUACUUUAAGAGUCUAUAAAAUCACCCAGGAAGGUAGAGAUUAUGAAGAAUGGUUAAAGAUGAUGCCUUACAGGAGGCAGACUAGGGAAGCUUCUAGGAGAAGCAAGGAAGAGGGUGCCAGGAAAGUAGAGGGGAGCUCAUUAGUGAUUUUGUGUCACACAAAUGUAAGGUAUAAGGAAAGCAAAAUACUCUCUGGGUAGCCAAAUAGAAGCCACACAAAGUUCUAUGCACUCAUCCUUUUGACAGUGCUCAAGUUAUCUUUCAGAAUUGCGUAUUCUUAUUCUACAUGCAGCUCUUAGAAGCCUGGCAUGAAGUCAAAGGCAAACAAGGCUCUCCCAGGCUUUAAGAGAACUGGCAUCUACACCACUGAUAGGUGACUAAGAAGGACUGAAAAACUAUAAAAAUCAGACUACAGAAUCCCACAAAGAGCAUCUUGGAGCCAUUUAGUGUAGGCACAAAUAGCCCAUACUACAUGUAGCCCAUAUACUAACUAUGUUCCCACAAUACCUCUAGGCCAUUAACAAAGAGCUAUAAUUAUCUUCAGGGCACUUUGCCUAGAUGAUAAGAAAAUGUACAAUGCAAUUUAGAAUAGGUCUUUAAAUUGGUUUUAAAUGAUUUUUUGGUUUUGUUUUGUAAUGUAUGUGAAAGGGCAUUUUAAGUUUUCUGGAAAGUUCAGUUGUAUGGCCCAUUCAUUUCUUAACACUGGACAAAUAAAAUAAAUUUUCUGUAA